AUUGGGCCUAACCUGGCAAACCUAAUUAGAAAACAGGAUGAUUCAGAAUGGAAUGAGGAAUGGAAAGGAGAUAGCAGAGUCGUACAGUCUAUGUUUUUAGGGGAAAUCACUGAAAAAGAAAUCAUAGCUAUUGUAGCAAAAUCUAAAAACAAGACAUCCACUGAUUGUGAUGGGUUAGACAUGGUCAUCGUAAAAAAGACCUUGGAUUGUAUAAUCAAACCUCUCUGUUAUAUGUUUAAUCUCUCAUUUUAUACGGGUGUAUUUCCUGACCGAAUGAAAGUGGCAAAAGUUAUCCCUCUUUAUAAAUCAGGAGACAGACAUAGUUUUAAUAAUUAUAUACUAGGGAUGCACUGAUACCGGUAUCUGGUAUCGGCCUUGAUACCAAAUUUUCUAAAGUACUCGUACUCGUUAAAAGUUCCCCGAUACCGGGGACCGAUACCACGGUCUGAGAAAUGUCUAUGUUUGAGCGGCGUGUAAGGGGUUAAUCGCAGGCACCGAGUGCCCGCCCCCAGGUCCCGGCUGCAGCUCAGAGCGGGGGAGAAGGCGAGGCAUGUCAGCUGUGUGGAACUAUUUCAAAGUGAAUGAAGACGACAAAACAAAGGCGGACUGCAAAUUGUGCUCAGCGAAAUUGUCCAGAGGAGGCUCAAAAGGUAGCGCAUUUAACACAAGCAAUUUAAUCAAGCACCUAAAAUCCCAACACGACAACGAGUACAAAGAGUUUACCCACACUUCUAAACCAACAUAAUCCACGCUGCAGCAAACUCUUGCAAGACGAGAGAAAAUGUCCAGAGACAAUCCACGUGCUGUGAAAAUAACACAGGCAAUUAUCAAGUACAUUGCAUUGAGUGACCAGCCACUCUCGGAGGUAGAAAAUGUUGGAUUCCUGCGUCUCCUCCAUGUUCUGGAGCCCAGAUAUGAUGUCCCAAGCCGUCACUACAUGACUGACACGGAGCUGCCUAAACUACACGUGUCCGUGAAAAAACAUAUCCACAGCCUACUGCAAGCCUCCUCUGCGUUUAGUUUCACCACGGAUAUUUGGACAAGCAGUGUUAGCCCCGUGUCGCUAAUUAGCCUAACCUCCCAGUGGAUAGACGAAAGUUUCACACCGCAACGAGCCAUAUUACAUGCCAAACAAUUCCGCGGCUCGCACACCAGCCAGGCUAUAGCGCAUGUGUUUGAGGAAGCCUACUCCCGCCUCGAGGAAAUUCAGGGACAGCUCAACCAGCCAAUAAAGAGACUGCAGCAGGACGUACAGACGCGCUGGAACAGCACGUAUUACAUGCUCCAGUCCCUCAUAGAGCAAAAGCGAGUGCUGGGGGUGUCCGAGCAUGAACUCCCUGACUAUCUCACCACUCACCAAUGGGUUCUUAUGGAGACGACUGUUGCCGUCCUCGCCCCCUUUGAGGAACUAACUAAAAAAGUGAGCAGCUACGACGCACUAGCCUCUGAUGUCAUCCCAGCUGUGACUGUGCUAGUGAGACUUCCAAACAGAGAAACAGACGAACAAAUUUAAAAUUAAAUUUUGUUUUUUUAUAAUUAUUUAUUCUGUAAUAUGUUGCAUACAACAUGCUUUUCAUUUUAAAUAAAUGUUCUUAAUU